AUUAUUUUGUAAUGAAUUUGUAAAACAGUUUACCAGUUGUUUAUCACUGAAUGCUUUCAUUAAAAAUUAAUCAAACUCAAAAUGCGAUUUACACAACAAAUAAUUUAGUUUUGUUGUAAUAUUUAGUGUCAAUUAAAGUGUUUUGGCAAGAAAAUGACAGAUCCUUGGCUAGUACAAAACUCAGCCCAACAGAAUAAUUCGGUUGAGAACGGUACGAGGGGAAACGGUGUGCAUCAACAGCAAGGCGAGGAAAAGUUUGAACAAGCGCCUUUAGAGUUUGAGGACAACUUCGCACCUACUCCAGAAAAAAACCGUAGCGACAAGCCGUCAACUUCAGCAAAGAUUGACGGAAACAAUAGCUCUACACAUUGUCUUGAACCUUUGCCCGAUUCUGACAAUUACUUACGUGGACUCGAAAGAAAAUUGCAAAAAAUCAAAAAAGGUGCAAAUUUAGUGGAAGCCCUAACUGAGAAGCGUAACGACUGUCUUCGUCAUCUACUGAAUAGUGGUGACGCUGAUAACAACAAUGAAGUGUUAGCCUUAGAUCAACCUUUGAACAACAUUGAAUUCUAUAGACAUCUUCAACCAGUGCAGGCUUUGUCUGUUGGUGAACUGGUCCAUAUUGUCAAACACGAUCAGUUACAGCAGGAUCAAGCCCAAAAUACCUCCGACCAGCACCAAGAAUUGGAUGAAGAAGACAAAAAGGAAUUAAAAUAGUAUUAGAAAGUUAAUCAAAAAUGAACACACAAUUCGGCGAAGUUUUUCUCUUUCUAACCGAUUUGGCUUGGAAAAGUAGAAUAACUAUACCGAUGCUGGUGA